GAUCGCCUUCCCGUUUCCUUACUUUCUUAUUGCCUCGGGCCACGGCAUGAUUCCCUUUGAGAUAUGGGUUUCGAAUUGAGCGGGCAGGGAGGGCUCAGGGUUGAGGGUUAGUCCGUGUAUUCUGAUGCGCUGUACUCGUACGAGCACCGAUACCGCUACUUGUAUCAUGCGGUACCGGUAGCUGAACCCCAUCCGAUCUUGGAGGAGCCCGGGGCCCGCGCGAGAGCUCCGAGAGAAUCCCUUUCGUCAUAAGUCUUGUUCAUGGGGGUGGGCGGUGGGCAAUGGGUAUUGUAGGUUCAUUGUGUCGCCGUAAAUACCGUAUUGUGUGAUUAUACGAUCGUACAGGAAAAGGCAGGCUUUUCGGGGGUUUUCUCGUGCCCGCUGUGCUUGUGCGGUACGCUACAUAAAUUGCAUAUCUGUCACUCUCUUUAGGCAUCCGUCUGUGCUGUUUCCUUCCUUUAUUGACCCACUGCCUUUGGGUCGCAGACACAGAUAUCACCACAAGUAUCAUACAUUUAACACAUAGGGAGACAAGAGAUCUAAUCUAUCACACUAUCGGCGUCCGGCUGGCUGCGAGGAUCUUCCAUUGUGCUGUACUGUACCCAAGCCUUCCUCUGCUGUCUACCUUUUCACCUUUGCCCAUUUCUCGCUGAACCGAUCUCCCUCCCUUCCCUUCCUCCCCCUUCUCCUCCCCCUCUUCCUCCCUCUUCCCUCUCACCGUUCGAAUUCACCUGUACUCUGCCUGAUCACCCCUCCACGUCCUCCUGUCCACUCCGGUGCCAAAGUUGCAUUAUCUUCGAUUACCCUCGCAUCUGCCGUCCCCUUCUGCUGCUCAAACGCACUCCACCACCACCCACACCCCUUGGUUCGCUAUACACUCACCAACUCUUGACCUUGCCUUUCCACUCGUCUGCAGCAUCCAGGAUCUUGUCUCCGUUUGUUUGCUUGAUAGCCUUCCGCUUUUCUUCACUCCGUCGGAAACGCUCGCCUCCCCCUGGCUCCCGGGCUCGUCUCGGUUCAAGCACCUUGCAGGUACACCCUACACGUCGAUAGUGUGCGCUGGAUCGUUUGGGGGAACUCCACAGCUCUGCCAACACCCCGCUCUGGUUCUCCCUCAUAUCAUAUUUCCUGCUCGCCAACUUUACGGAAUCGCUUCCAUGCCCCGCGGUUUCGUCGUCUGGAUAAUUUGAUCGACAUAACGCGUUAUUCUUUGCGGAUUUUAAACCUCCUCCGCCCCCUCCGCCACACAACAUACACCAUCUCUUUUCUGCCCCCUCCUUGUAAACACCACUUGUGCGAGGUCACGACCAUCUCCCCUCUGGCCCUUUGAACCGCCUUGGUUUGGGUUUCCGGUUCCCCUCUGACACUGCAGCCACUCCGUCCCGUGCCCUGGUGGGAUAGUAUUUACGACUCCUGCAUCGUGCCUGCACGAAACGAAACGAGACGAGAGCCUCUUUGCAAACGCUCACAGUGCUAUUUAACCGGUCACUUUGCUCUCUUCUCCUCUUUAUUUCCCCUUUUUCUGCCGUUGGCAUCCUUUCUUUUUUCUUUUUCCCCUUAUACCGGUUUAGCGGUCGUUAUCUACUGUAUCCUCUCAUCUCCAGACUUCGUUCUUGAGGUGUGAAGUUCAGCAGUAUUCGACUAUCCGCCAGACCAACUUGAAUCAUCGUCGUCCUGGCAACAAGAAGAAGUUACGGAGCUCUUUCAUCCUCCGACGAAAGUGAAGGCGAGCCUCCGAUUUCAACGCAACAGGAGACAACGAGCAGCCUAGGUUCGGCAUCUGUGGUUCCUGGAGCACAAGUUCAGCUAGCAACAUCUUCCGUUACCCCUGCCCAGCCAUCAGGGAGUCUGGAAAGUCCGGCGAGAAAGCGUAGACGGACCUCCGCGUACAGCCCUAGUAGCGAGACUUCCGCUACCUCGUACCUACACCCCCAAUCCGCUAGCGGCGCCAGUAGCAACGUCACCGGUAAUAUGAGAAUCGAAAACAAUGGGUUGAACUCUCAGGCUUCGGUGGCGGAUAGUGGACGUUCGGGAGCUAACGGAGCCUCGUCGGCCGCUGUGGAAACAAACGGUAACGGUGCUGGUAUUCGUAAUGGCUCUGGAAAGCUGGAGGGUGGCUCAACGGCCUCGUCUUUUACGAUGCUCGCCCCACCCACACCUAAGCCGAGCUAUUUUGGGCAUGAUCGGGAGGAGAUCACUAGAAUCGUGAUCCAGUCGUUGGUGGACCUGGGGUAUCACAGGGCAGCUGGUGUGUUGGAGGAGGAGAGUGAGUACACUUUGGAAUCGCCGGAGGUAUCAGAAUUUAGGGAUGCCGUGCUACAGGGCCAAUGGAAUAAGGCUGAGGAGCUGCUAUUUGGGCUAGAAAUUAAUAAAGAUGCGGACGUUAAUGUGAGAUUCUCCUCGACAUCCUGACGGCAGCGGGGCGGGGCGCGGAGGGGGGGGGGAGUUUUAUUGGAUUCGGAUUUGGGUUCAAAUGCUAAGCGAGAAAUUGAGUAGGCCUUGUUGUUUUAUAUGAGACAGCAGAAGUUUCUUGAGCUUCUGGAAGUCGCAGACGUUUCGAAAGCUUUGCAUGUUCUCAGAACGGAACUAACUCCCCUCAAUCAGAGCGUGGAAAAGCUGCACUCUCUAUCGAGGUAUUUUUCCCGUUAUUCGUCCUUGAAACGCUUGCCAUUGUGACUAAUGAAGUUUGCAAACUGGGAUAGCUUGAUGAUGUGUAUAUCUGCCGACGAUCUUAAAGCACGAGCUGAGUGGGACGGUGCGGCCGGGUUGUCUCGCCAACAGCUGUUGUCGGAGCUUUCGAGUAAUUCAAGUUCUAAUUGCCCUCUUGUGCUUACGGAUUCUGAUGUGUUUUGUGCUAUAGAGUCCAUUUCGGCCUCGGUGAUGAUCCCCGAACACCGACUCGCUUCACUAUUACACCAGGUUAAGCAAAACCAAUUAUCCAAGUGCCUUUAUCAUAAUACUGCGAAUUCGCCUUCACUGUAUACAGAUCAUCAUUGCGACAGGAAUCAGUUUCCGCUGUCGACGGUAGAGAUUUUGACCGACCACAAAGACGAGGUCUGGUUUGUGCAGUUUUCGAACGACGGAACACGGUUGGCCACCGGGAGCAAAGAUUACACUGUUAUAAUAUGGGACCUGGAGGUGAUUUCCCUGGUUGUUGCGUAGGGUCUUGUUGCUGAAUAGCUCGAAGGAUUUUCAACCGAUACAUCACCUGAAAGAGCACACGGGUGCGAUAACUUAUCUUCGGUGGUCGCCUGACGACUCGAAGCUGCUAAGUUGCUCUCAGGAUAAACAGGCAAAGCUGUGGGAUACAACGGUAUGCUUAAUUUUUGGCCUAUUGGGUGUGAUAUCUUUAACCUAACUGGAUUUAAUGUUUUAGGCGGGCGGAUGCAUAAAAACGAUGGGUGCCCAUACUGAUUGGGUUAGUUCGUGCGCAUGGGCUCCGGAUGGACAGACCUUCGUGACCGGAAGUGUGGAUAGAGAGAUGAUUCUUUGGAAUCUCUACGGAGAGAGUAUCCACAGGUGGACCGGCGCAAGGGUAUACGACUUGGUGGUUACGGCGGAUGGGACACGAUUAGCUGCGGUAUGCACCCAAAUGAAGUUACAUGUUUACAACUUUGUUACCCGAGAGAAAGAGUAUGAGCGUGAUCUAGGUGGCGUUUCCACAUGCAUCUCUGUGAGCAAGGAUUCGAGAUACAUACUUCUCAACAUGGGCGCCGGGGUUCAAGAGCUCCGGCUCUUGAACAUCGAGACGGGUGCAGAUGUCAGGCACUUUUCGGGAACAAAACAGGAAGAAUUUGUUGUGAGGAAUUGUUUCGGGGGCGCCGAUGAGAACUUUGUUGUCUCCGGUAGCGAAGGUUUGUUUUCAUCUAUUGGAUCAUUGAGGUUUGGAUAGUAACACCAGGCCUAUAGACUCAAACGUCUACGUCUGGCGCAAAGAAAACGGAGCGCUGGUAGAAGUCUUGCCAGGUCAUUCCGGGAUUGUGAAUUGUGUGGCUUGGAACCCUACAAAUCCUUACAUGUUUGCUUCAGCUGGGGACGACAGAAACGUGCGAAUGUAAUGAUUUAUCACCCCCCGCUGCUCUCUUUAUCUAUUGGCUGGCUAAUAUAAUUUGGGUAUAGAUGGUCAAAAGCUCCUCAACCUCAACUGAAGGGCAAAAUGAAAGGAGUCGUAGACUCAUUUGGUCGAUAAUUGAACAACUCGUACCCUAAUGCAAGUCAAUGGCUAGAAGCAAAAUGAACAAAGGCGGAUUCGUUGCAUGGGGUUAUUAUCUUGCAUAGUCAGCCUGGCCUAGUAUUAGUCUCUUACAAUACUCAUGUUUUUCUUUUGUGGCAUGCACGAGUCGAUAGCGCCGUAUUUACAGGGACUGGAGUUUUUUCUCAUUUUUUUCUUUCUUUCUUUCUUUUUUCGUGGUAUAGUUGGAGGUGCUUUCGGGUUUAGUGGCUGUGUUGGUGAGGAUUGGGCUUUGGUGGUUUGCACAGACGGAGUUUUUCUGACCUUCAAUUGUAUAAGCUUUGACGAUGGGACGUGGUGUGCAUGGGCUGGAUUGGAAGGUGGGUGAAGUGGUGGAUAUUGUGUUUUUAAACUCUGGUUGGAGUGAUUAGUGCUCGCAUUGAUGGGCUGACAUAGAUAUUAUUUGUUGCUAUUACCGUACAGUAUAGUUGUUUGCAAUUUUCUAUUCAUGAAGUGCGGUAUAUACAAUCGCACUUUGAACUUCGGAGUAGUUGGCGCGAGACCGGUGGGAACCGCGUAAUCUUGAGCCGCAGUCUAGCCAUUGGUAUCAUCUUCCGAGGCUCUGCUUUUUGUCCUCCAUCCAUCCACCUCCACCAUCAACGCUACCCCACCACUGUUUUCUCCAUAAUCUUAUUCCACCUUGACUGCAAAGGGCCGAAACGAGUAGGGGCAAUAUAUAGGGAGAGAAAGAGCAGUGCAGCCAGUCCCACAAAAGAGAUCCAGGAUGUUUACCGGAAUCGUCGAAGCAAUUGGGAGUAGGGCCUGAUUCCUCCCUCUACAACUGAACCAAACAGCUAAUAUUCGUUCCCCUUUCCCUAUUGACUAGCAAUCUCUUCUAUAACACAUUCUGAAACAACCCAAACCACAACCUUAACAAUCGCUGGUGCGACUACAAUCCUGACGGACGCUCAUCUCGGCGACAGUAUAAGCGUAGAUGGCACCUGUUUAACAAUAACCUCCUUUACCAAGGAUACCUUCACGGUUGACCUCUCCCCGGAAACUCUCCGACGUACAACAUUCCCCCAAUCCCUCCUCCCCUCUUCUUCUAGCCCGGUGCAAGUCAACCUCGAACGCGCUGUCAGCGGCGACGUACGUUUCGGCGGGCAUUUCGUUCAGGGACAUGUUGACACCAUCGCAAGCAUCGUUGAUAGAAGGUCCGAUGGAAGCUCGGUUGUGCUUAGGUUUAAACCUAGGGAUAGUGGGGUUAUGAAGUAUGUUGUUGAGAAGGGGUAUGUUGCGGUUGAUGGGGCGAGCUUGACUGUUAUUGCUGUUGGUGGAGGCGGGGAUGGGGAGGACCAGGGGUGGUGGGAGGUUAUGUUGGUUGAGUAUACUCAGGAGAAGAUUAUCACUGCUAGGAAGCAGGUUGGCCAAGAGGUUAAUGUUGAGGUUGACAUUACGGGGAAGUAUAUUGAGGUUUGCGCCCGCUUUCUUAUAGGAGUGGAUGGAUGUUGGCUGAUGCGGGGUAUCUGGGGUUGUAGAAGCAGGUUACCGCGUACUUGGGUGCUGGGGAUGAUGGAGAAGGAAGGGGUGGCUUGUUGGAGAGGAUCGUGGAGCGGGUAGUUGAGAGCAAGCUGGCAGAGAGGAAGUAAUGGCCCUGCUGCAAGUCUGAUAUUAUUGCUUCACAGGGUGUUGGGUAUCGCAUGUGCUCGGUUAGCCUGCCAGAUCCGAGAGGUUCGGGCGAGUGCUAACAAGCAGAAAGCUGGCUUUCAGGGGAUAAUGGGGCGAAAUGACUUCAAUAGCAUCGUUGGACGCCUGGAAAUCCCGGAGUGAUACCCGAACAGUCGGCAUUACUCUUUACUAUGAUGUUUUCUAGAAACUAUUCCCCUAGGUACAGUACACGUUUUGGCUUUUUUUUUUUUGUGGUUGUGCUAGGGGCCUAUGAGCUAGUUUCUUAAUAAAUACUUUCAUAGCUUCGCUACCU